CUCCUUCCACUGCUUUUUAUCCUACCAAACUGCAUUAUAUAUAAUUAAUUUUUGAAUAGUUUGAGAGAGUAAGCAACAAAGCGGAGAUUCUGGUCUUCAAUGUACUACCAAGACUAUCAAAUUUUUGUUGAAGCAAUGACGAGUAACUAAACUUCCUUUAUUUAUUUGAAGUCUGUUAGCCAUAUACAGUAGCUUGAAUUAUAAGAUAUUACUGUCAAAAUGUGUAUAUUCUAUAAUUAUAUUUCGUAAAAAAGGCUAAUUUAGUUCUUACCAUGCUUAGGUAGCAAACUUAAUGUAAUUAUUGUAAUUCUUAGCUUUAUAAGAGAAGGGAAUCCCUCGAUUGAAGGGCAGCUUGAACCACUUUGACAUGGUAUCAGAGCCAGCCCUUUAGAUUUUCCCUUCGAAUCUUCGGUUUUAUUUGUUGGGCUAAGGUCAUUUAACAUUAUCUUUGGUUUUAUUUGUUGAACCACUUUGGUCUAUUGAUAUUAUCUUUUGUUUUAUUUGUUGGGCUAAGGUCAUUUAACAUUUGGAUUAGGCUUCAGUUUGUAGAGUUGGACUUGAAAACAUAUUUUUUGGACUUGAUUUGAUAAUUCACUUAAUCAUGUUGGGAGAAAAUUCUAUUAUUUGCUUUAAUGGAAAAAAUUAUCCCAAUUGGGAAUUUCAAUUCAAGAUGUUUGUGAAAGGGAAAGAAUUAUGGGGUCAUUUGGAAAGAAUUAUGGGGUCAUUUGGAUGGGUCUUCUAAGGCUCCGACUGAUAUCAAAGAACUUAGUCCAUGGGAAGGAUGCAAAGAUUGUUUCUUAGCUGCUGAGUUCUGUUGAACCACAUGUGGUCAACAAUCUCCAUUCAUUCACUACGGCUAAAGAAAUGUGGUACUACCUCAGGCGUGUCUACCAUCAAGACAACUUUGCUCGAAAAUUCCAAUUGCAGUUAGAAAUUGCUCACUAUAAAUAGGGUAAUCUCUCUAUUGAUCAAUUCAAUGCUAGAUUCCUUAAUUUGUGGAGUGAAUAUUCCUGAAUAGUUAAUUCCAAAGUUCCCAAGGAAGCUUUAGCUGCACCACAAGUUGUCCAUGUUGAAAGUCAAAGAGAAUAUUUUUUGAUGAAGUUGAGACCGGAAUUUGAGACUACAAGGGCUAGUUUACUGAACUGUACUCCUGUUCCCUCCUUGGAUGUAUGCUUGGGAGAAUUAUUACGUGAAGAACGUCUUGCCACUCAACUCAACAUAACCCAAGAAACAGUUACUACUGAGAUGGUUAAUGUGGCGUACGCUGUUCAAGGAAAAGGAAAAUCUAUAUCUGUAAAGAACUGUAGUAAGAAAUUCUGUAACUAUUGUAAAAAGGAUGGGCAUAUCAAUAAAGAUUGUCGCAUGCGACCUCAGAAUAGACAAGGUCAGACCUUUCACUUUGCUAUUCAGUCCAAUUUGGCUGUUGUCUCCUCUGUUCCACUCCAACUGCUUCUUCAUCCACUCUUACACCUGAAAUGGUCCAAUGGAUGAUUAUUUUCGCAUUUUCUGCUCUUGGCCUUCAAGGCUGCUUGAUGUGCAUUCCUUGGGUAUAGUAAUGCACAUAAAGGGUUUAUGUGUUAUGAUGUGGAUGCUAACAAAAUUCGUAUCUCUCGAAAUGUAGUUUUCUUUGACAACCAAUACUUCUUCCAAUCUCUUGUCUUUCAUGAUUCUGCCUCUAUUCAGCUUCCUGAAUUCGAUGAUAUGUCUAAUACUGUUGAAUGCUUUAAGCCCGGAUUUGUUUAUCAGAGACGUCCUCCGCUGCCUCCUUCAGACAUUGAACCGUCGCUUGAUCUCAUCAUCACUGAACCUCAACGAUCUUCUCGAGUCUCAUGCCCUACAGAUAAGUAUGGAUUUUCACAUAUUGCUAAUCAGGCUACCCUUGAUACUACUUUUGUGCUCAAAUCUUACUCUCAGGCUUCUAUUCAUGCUUGUCGGAAAGCUAUGCAGGAAGAACUUCAGGCACUCCAGAAUAAUCAUACUUAGGACAUCGUUCCAUGUUCUGAAGGAGUAAAACUUCUUGGAUGCAAAUGGGUUUAUACCAUUAAACUUCGGCCUGAUGGUACUUUAGAAAGGUAUAAGGCUCUUUUGGUGGCUCUUGGGAACUGUCGGGAAUAUGGUCUUGAUUAUGAGGAAACCUUUGCACCUGUUGCAAAGAUGACCACCGUGAGGACUAUUAUGGCUAUUGCCGCAUGUAAAGGAUGGUCUUUUCGGCAGAUGGAUAUGAAGAAUGCAUUCUUACAUGGUGAUUUGAAGGAGGAAAUAUAUAUGAGUCCUUCUCCUGGCAUGUUUCGGUUGAAGCGAUAUUUAUAUGGAUUAAAUCAG